AUGCUUCUCACAGGAUCGCUUGGUUGGAUCGGUAUUCAAGCUGUCAAGUCACGGUUGAUUGGCAGACUUGCGAGGUUUACGAGGAACACACAGCCCGACAGCCGCCCGCAAAAAUUGCAGAACGAUGCUGCCUUUUUUGAAGCCGAUCUGCGCUACAUCCUCACGGCAACACCUGUGGGUGCUGAUUUCUCCGAGCAUGACUAUGCCGACAUGGAUCAAAUGGCACAAGAUCUUUUGGCUUCGCUAAAUGACAUGGUCAAUGGAGAUCUCAUCGGUCCUCUGGGAGCAACAUGGAUCGGCCCUCACGACAUUUCCCUACUUAGAGUCAAGUACCCACGAUUGACUUCCCUGAUUGCUUUUUUAGAUAUGUCCAUGGACGAGUUCAACCUGACGACCGGCUCAGGCUCAGUUCUAUUCAUACUGCCUCAAGGGCAAGCCGGAAGUCUUGCGAUGGAACGGAUAACCAAUUUGAAAGCAUUUUUACAACGUUUCGCGGCCAACACUCAGAAAUCGCAAGGCCUUCAGAUCAUUUCCCCGCCACAAACAGAAUUGUCGGAGAAAGUGUACACACAGGGCCAACCUGGCGUGCAUGUGAAGCGAGCGAGCAUUGUGGUCAACGCAAUAUUCAAGGAGUUUCGACAACUCAGUUGUGGAGAAGCACACGAAAUCAAGCUGAGGGUAUCAGAUGAGUGGCAAACCGGUCCUUUUGACACCAUUUUGGAUAUAUUCGUUUCCUGUUGCCCAGACGGAAGUAUUUGGCAACAAGCCAAAUGUGGUUUUAUUUUGACCGAUUGA